CCUUUGCGUCUACGCCGUCCUCCUCAACUCGUAUCCGUUUGUGUUGGAAAAAAGGACUUUGUGAAAUUGUAGCGAUGUCAGUACAGGUUGUUGCAGCGAAAAUGGCCGAGGUCGAGCUGAACGACAUUCCCACCAAAGAGUUGGUACCUGUAUCCCCAGUGACACCAAAAGCUGAGGAUAAGGGGCUAAACAAAAAUGAAACGAAUCCCGUCGCGGCUACUUCGUCUGUGGCUCCUGCGCCGGAGACUGUGAGAGGGGACCCUAGCCCUUCGCCAACCCCUUGCCCGAACCCCGUGAAGAUGCCGCAGGCGUCCGCUAUGAAGCGAACAGACCCACAGCAAAACGGGGAAGCUUUCCUAAACCGCGAUGGUACGGUAGCCGAAGCCCCAAGGAUGAAAAAGCAAAUCCAGUUUGCAGACCAGAAGCAGGAGUUCAACAAGCGCCCCACCAAGAUCGGCCGCCGCUCCCUGUCUCGCUCCAUCUCUCAGUCCUCCACAGACAGCUACAGCUCAGCGGCCUCCUACACGGACAGCUCCGACGACGAGACCUCUCCCCGGGACAAGCAGCAGAAGAACUCCAAGGGCAACUCCGACUUCUGCAUCAAGAACAUCAAGCAGGCCGACUUCGGUCGCCGCGAGAUCGAAAUCGCCGAGCAAGAGAUGCCAGCGCUCAUGGCUCUGAGGAAGAGAGCUCAGGGAGAGAAACCACUGGCUGGAGCCAAAGUGGUGGGCUGUACACACAUCACUGCCCAGACUGCUGUGCUGAUGGAGACCCUGUCUGCUCUGGGUGCCCAGUGCAGGUGGGCCGCCUGCAACAUCUACUCCACCCAGAACGAGGUGGCGGCUGCUCUGGCAGAGGGAGGCUUCUCGGUGUUUGCAUGGAAGGGGGAGUCGGAGGAUGAUUUCUGGUGGUGUAUCGACCGAUGUGUGAACCUGGAGGGCUGGCAGCCCAACAUGAUUCUGGAUGACGGAGGAGACCUGACCCACUGGAUCUAUAAGAAAUACCCCAACAUGUUCAAGAAGAUCAAGGGCAUCGUGGAGGAGAGCGUCACCGGGGUUCACAGGUUGUACCAGCUGUCCAAGGCCGGGAAGCUUUGCGUCCCCGCCAUGAACGUCAACGACUCCGUGACCAAGCAGAAGUUCGACAACCUGUACUGCUGCAGAGAGUCCAUUCUGGACGGGCUGAAACGCACCACAGACGUGAUGUUCGGAGGCAAACAGGUGGUGGUGUGUGGAUAUGGAGAGGUGGGGAAAGGGUGCUGCGCUGCUCUGAAGGCCAUGGGCUCCAUAGUGUACGUGACCGAGAUCGACCCCAUCUGCGCCCUGCAGGCCUGCAUGGACGGCUUCAGGCUGGUGAAGCUGAAUGAAGUCAUCCGGCAGGUGGACAUCGUCAUCACCUGCACAGGCAAUAAGAACGUGGUGGUGAGGGAGUACCUGGACCGCAUGAAGAACGGCUGCAUCGUGUGUAACAUGGGCCACUCCAACACCGAGAUCGACGUGGCCAGCCUGCGGACCCCGGAGCUGACCUGGGAGCGUGUGAGGUCACAGGUGGACCACGUCAUCUGGCCCGACGGCAAGAGGAUAGUGCUGCUCGCUGAGGGUCGCCUCCUCAACCUGAGCUGCUCCACAGUGCCCACCUUUGUGCUGUCCAUCACCGCCACUACCCAGGCUCUGGCUCUCAUAGAGCUGUACAACGCUCCUGAAGGUCGCUACAAACAGGACGUCUACCUGCUGCCUAAAAAAAUGGACGAGUACGUGGCGAGCCUGCACCUGCCGACGUUCGACGCGCACCUGACCGAGCUGUCCGACGAGCAGGCCAAGUACCUGGGGCUCAACAAGAACGGCCCCUUCAAGCCCAACUACUACAGGUAUUAACCUACUUCCGAAAAGGCGACUCAACCCUAAAGAAAUAUCAAGACUGCACAACCCUACCGACCAAGAUCUGAGGGGAGGAGAGAGAGCGGCGUUUCCUGGGAGACGCCCAUGGGCGGAGCUGGUGGCGUUUAGUGGGGGCGGAGCCAGCGCCACAGCAGAUUUAUUUAUUUCAGCUACAAUACCGUACCCCGUACCCAAACCUCCAAUCACCACAGUCCCUCCGGGAUCCUCCCACUCUCUUUACCUUACACGUCAGUCCUGCUUCUCCUCUAGAGAUCUCACCAUCAAAUUAACACUAGACAUGACUUCUAAAAAAAAUACACGUGCAAAUUUUCCAGUC